AUGGACAAGAAAGGCAAAAUGCAAGCAGAGAAGCACCUCACAGGAACGCUGCUCCUCUCCGUCUUCACCGCGGUGUUGGGCUUCUUCCAGUACGGCUACAGCCUGGGUGUCAUUAAUGCCCCCCAGAAGGUGAUAGAAGCCCACUACAGGCGUGUGCUGGGCAUCGUCCCCCUGGACAGACAUGCCACCAACGCCUCCGGGGAGGAUGGCACCGUCCCCGUCCCUGGCACGGAGCCCUGGGGUGGCACCGAGGGCACGCUCGCACCCCCGGCCGACACCAGUGAGGACCUUGCCGCCUCCCCGCACAUCCUCACCAUGUACUGGUCCCUCUCCGUCUCUGUGUUCGCCGUCGGCGGCAUGGUCUCCUCCUUUACCGUGGGUUGGAUCGGCGACCGGCUGGGGAGGGUGAAAGCCAUGCUGGUGGUGAACGUCCUCUCCAUCGCUGGGAACCUCCUCAUGGGGCUGGCGAAAUUUGGUCCGUCUCACAUCCUCAUCAUCGCCGGGAGAGCAGUGACGGGGCUGUACUGCGGGCUCUCCUCCGGACUCGUACCCAUGUACGUCAGCGAGGUCUCUCCCACGGCCCUUCGAGGAGCACUGGGGACGUUGCACCAGCUUGCUAUUGUCACGGGUAUCCUCAUCAGCCAGGUCCUCGGACUAGACUUUCUCCUGGGCAAUGACGAGAUGUGGCCCCUGCUCCUCGGUCUGUCUGGUGUGGCUGCCCUCCUGCAGUUCUUCCUGCUCUUACUGUGCCCCGAGAGCCCCCGAUACCUUUACAUCAAGCUGGGGAAGGUAGAGGAAGCUAAAAGAAGUUUAAAAAGGCUCAGAGGAAACUGUGACCCAAUGAAAGAGAUUGCUGAGAUGGAAAAGGAAAAGCAAGAAGCUGCUAGUGAAAAGAAAGUCUCCAUAGGGCAGCUUUUCACCUCUUCGAAGUACAGGCAGGCUGUCAUCGUGGCACUGAUGGUGCAGAUAUCUCAGCAGUUCUCAGGAAUCAACGCGAUCUUUUACUACUCUACAAACAUUUUCGAGAGAGCUGGAGUUGACCAACCAGUUUACGCAACCAUUGGCGUUGGAGUGGUGAACACAGUCUUCACUGUUAUCUCCGUCUUUCUGGUGGAGAAGGCAGGCAGGCGGUCCCUGUUCCUGGCUGGUUUGAUGGGCAUGUUAAUAAGCGCCGUGGCCAUGACAGUUGGACUUGUGCUCCUGAGCCAGUUUGCCUGGAUGAGCUAUGUCAGCAUGGUGGCGAUCUUCCUCUUCGUCAUCUUCUUUGAAGUCGGGCCCGGGCCCAUCCCCUGGUUUAUCGUAGCCGAAUUGUUCAGCCAAGGCCCACGCCCCGCCGCCAUCGCCGUCGCCAGCUUCUGCAACUGGGCCUGCAACUUCAUCGUGGGAAUGUGUUUCCAGUACAUAGCGGAUCUGUGUGGACCGUACGUGUUUGUGAUCUUCGCGGCUCUGCUUCUAGUCUUCUUUCUGUUUGCAUACUUCAAAGUACCGGAGACGAAAGGAAAGUCCUUUGAGGAGAUCGCCGCUGCGUUCCGCCGCAAGAAGCUCCAGGCCAAAGCCACGAUUGAGCUGGAAAACCUGCGAGGCAGCGAGGAGGCAUAG